GUUUAGUGCAAUUAGGCUCAAAUUUGUUUACAACAAGUAGAAAAAAUUCACAGUUGCUAUACAUAUAUACAGAGUUGUGAUAAAUAUUGCCAAGACAGGCUAUUGCCUGUUGGGUUAAAAGUGCAGACUUCCGAAAAUUUCGGAAUCAACUGUCUGCCAGUCCAACAUUCUACCAGCUCAACUGUAAACCAGUCACUUUGGUAGCCAACCUGUGUAAACUUCAAGAUGCAGAACUGCUACAACACAGGGGAACGAAUUCCCCGUGAGAAGAGGGUUGAGGUGGAUGAUCGAUUAGCAAAUAAACAUAUACAGACAUUACAGUUUGUUCAAGAGGUUGUCAAUGAAAACAAAGUUCUAAAGAAGAGAAUUGAAGAGCUAGAGUUAUCCACAUCAAACUGUGAUGAGCUCCAUGCCCUUGCUGAGGAGGGUAAGGAAAAGAUAAAGACUAUGCAAGAACAGUAUCUGAAACGAGCAGAUGAGAUCAAUGCUAUGAUGGCUGAGAAACACAGAGAAGAGGUAAGAAUGAGAGAUAGAGCUGAUGAGGUCAGAGCUGUUUUGGUGGAGAAACCCAUGGAACAGAUUAGAGUAGGAGAAAGAGCUGAUGAGGUCAAUACUAAUAUGGUGGAGAAACCCUUCAAAGAGAUUAGAGUGAGAGAAAGAGCUGAUGAGAUUAAUGCUAUGAUAAUGGCAAAACACAGAGAAGAGGUAAGAGUGAGAGAUAGAUCUAAAGAGAUCAGUUCUGUGUUGGCAGAGAAACAGAGAGAAAGGGUAAGAGUGAGAGACAGAGCUAAUAAGAUUAAUGCCAUUUUAGCAAAUAAGGAGAAAGAAAGUGUGAAAUGCUAUCAAGUGAAUGCCCCUGUACAAUACAAGAAAGGUCGAGUCGAAGAAAAGGCUUCCUUAAAAGAGGGAAAAGCGAGAGUUGAAAUUAAUAAACUCAAUGCUGAGGUGACAGAGGAACAAAAGAGAAAAUCAGUGAUAGCUAGAGCUGAGGGUUUUGGUGCAUUGUACAAGAAAUCAAAAGGAAAGGGAAGAGUGAGAAAUGGUAAUGGUGAUAACACUUCUGAAAUUGCUGACAAAAGCAGAGAAAGAACAACAAGAGUAAGUUCUGAGAUCAGUUAUUUGAAUGUAGAAGAACACAUGCCAGAGGGAAGAGUGAGAGGUAAAUCUUAUGAGAGUUCUAUGGAGAUGGCUGAGAAACUCCAGAGAGGUACUACGAAUAACAGAGCUGAUAUGGUAGAUGUUGUUAUAGCUAAGAAAUCAAGUCGAGAGGGGAAAUUGAGAGAUAGAACAGAUCCUACAAAUGAUCAACUGACAAGGAAACUAUGGAAUAGUCAUAUGACAGCUGAUCAUGUUGAUAGUGAGAACAAUAAUGAGAUGCUUGGCAAAAUAGAGGGAAACAUAAGAGACAGAAGUGAUGAGAUAAAUACGCAGAAGUCUGAUAAGCUCAGGAGAGGUCAAGUGAAUGGUGUAGCUGAUAUGAUUGAUAGUGUAAUAGUUCAUAAAGGCAGAGGAGAGGGAAGGGUGAAAGAUAGAGCUGAUGUGAUCAAUGCUGCAUUGUUCAAAGAAAUAGGGAGAAAAAAAGUGAUUAGAAGUGUUCAUGAGAUAGAUACUACUUUGGAUGAGAAACACAGUGGAGAGUUUUCAAAAAAAGCUGAUAGUAACAGUAUUACAACAAUGAAACACAGAGGAAGGGAAAGACGGGGUGCCAAUGAAUGGACUACAAUGGCAGCUGGAAAACACAGGAGAGAGAAAACAAGAGAUUUUAUUGGGAAUAAACAUGUGGUAUAUGAGGCAUUCCCAGUAGAGGUAGCUUAUGAGGAUAAAGCCAAUCAGGCCAAUAUAAUAAAGGCUGAGGAAGGCAGAAAAGAAGAGCAGUUGAGCAGGCAAACCCAUAUGAUCACUUCAGAGGCACAGGUUAAAGAUCCAGCUGAAGAAAACAAUGUGAGGACAAGGAAAGGCAGAAGGAAGAGACAAGUGAUUCGUAGCAUUGAUAUCAGUGCUGUGAUGCCCAGUAAGGAGGUAGUUGAGGUAGACAUGAGAGAAGGUAUUGAUGAGAUUAAACCUUUAAGGGCUGAAGUAUACAGAAAGGCAAAAUUUGAUGACCUUAUGACAGGGGGACAAGUAAAAAGCAGUGCUAAUGAAAUCAGUACUAUAACAAUGGAGGAACACAACAAAGAAAGUGCUGAUGAAGUCAAUCCUUGGAAGGCUCAGUUAUGCAGAGAGGAAAGAUUAAAAGGUAAAGCACCAGUGAUCAGUUCUGUGAUGUCAGAGAUAAGCAGAACAAAGAGGCAAGGAAUAGAAGAGAGAGCUAAAGAGAUCAGUGCUACAAAAGAAAAGGUAGACAGAGGAGAGGAGGAGACAAAAAAAGAUUUUAUCAGUUCUAUGAUGAUGGAAAAACGUGGAGUAUUGGGUCAGGUUAGAAGUAUUGUUGAUAAAAUCAAUUCAGUUAUUGCAGAGGAACACAGUCGAGGGGGACAAGUGGGAAGAGACACUAUAGAAAACAAGCCUAUUAAGGCAAAGGGGCAAAUAAGAAGCAGUGCAAAUGAAAACAAUACAGUGUUGACAUGGGGACAGGUAAGAAGUAGUUCUACCAAAAACAAUGCUGUGGCACAGGAACAUAUAGAAAAAAGUGCUGAUAAGGUCAAACCAUUGAUGGCUAAAAUAUGCAAGGAGGAAAGAUUAAAAGGUAAAGCAAUAGUGACCAAUCCUGUAAUGUCCGAGAUACAUAGAACAAAGAAGCAAACAGAUCAAGAGACAGCUGAAGAGAUCAAUACGUUAAAAGCCAGGGAGGAUGGGGAGGAACUGUUGAGAGAUAGUGCAAAUGUUAUCUAUUCUUCUAUUGUAGAGAAACAUGGAGGGGUAGGAAAAGUUAGAAGAAGCAUAAAUGACAUAAAUGCCAUAUCUGCAGAGGGACAAGUAAUAUGCAGUACUAAUGACAUCGAUUAUCUCAUGACAGAGGGACAAGCAAGAUGUACAUCUAAUGAAAACAAUUCUUUAACAGCAGAGGAACAUAUAGAAGAAAAUGCUAGUGUGAUGUCAGAGAUAGGCAGAGCAAGGAAGCAAACAGAUAAAGAAAGAGCUGAAGAGAUCAAAGCUUUGAUGGCUGAGGAACAUGGAAGUGAAGAACCGGCCAAGGCUAACACAAAUGUAAACAAUACUUUGAUGGCAGAAACUAACAGACGACUGGGCAUAGACAUUAGUAGCCCUAAAGAAAUGAAUUCUUUGAUGGAGGAAAAACAAUCAGCUAAGGGACAAGUAAGAAGUAGUGCUGAUAAAAUCAAUUAUAUGAUGGCAGAAAAGGACAGUGGAGAAGGACAAGUUAGAAGUAGCACUAAUAAGAUAAAUUCUAUGAUUGCACAGGAACACAUUGAAGAAGGACAGGUGAAAACACGUGCUUGCAAAAUCAAUGCCAUGGCAGCAGGGAGGCACACUAGAAGUGCAAAUUGGAUAAAUGACUUAAUGACAAGGAAGCAGAUGAAAGCUAAUACCAGUAAACUCACCAAUGUGAUACCAGUUGGACAUGUGACAUGUAGUGUUAAUAGGAUUAAUGCCAUGGUUGAGAAAAACAAUAGUAGAAAGACAUGUAUAAACAGUUACUCCAGUAACUCAUACCUUACCUUCAUUAAAUUAAGACAAAAGGGAAGAGUGAAGAUUAGGACUAAUGAGAGCACUGUCACUAUGUCUGAGAAAUACAGACAAAAGGUAAGAGUGAAGAUUAGAACUAAUGAGAGCACUGUCACUAUGUCUGAGAAAUACAGACAAAAGGUAAGAGUGAAGAUUAGGACUAAUGAGAGCACUGUCACUAUGUCUGAGAAAUACAGACAAAAGGUAAGAGUGAAGAUUAGGACUAAUGAGAGCACUGUCACUAUGUCUGAGAAAUACAGACAAAAGGUAAGAGUGAAGAUUAGGACUAAUGAGAGCACUGUCACAAUGUCUGAGAAAUACAGACAAAAGGUAAGAGUGAAGAUUAGGACUAAUGAGAGCACUGUCACUAUGUCUGAGAAAUACAGACAAAAGGUAAGAGUGAAGAUUAGAACUAAUGAGAGCACUGUCACUAUGUCUGAGAAAUACAGACAAAAGAAAAGGGUAAGAGUGAAGAUCAGAGCUGAUGAGAGUAUUGUCACUGCGUCUGAGAAAUACAGACAUUGGGUAAGUGUGAAGAUCAGAGCUGAUGAGAGUAUUGUCACUGCGUCUGAGAAAUGCAGACGUUGGGUAAGUGUGAAGAUCAGAGCUGAUGAGAGUAUUGUCACUGCGUCUGAGAAAUGCAGACGUUGGGUAAUUGUGAAGAUCGGAGCUGAUGAGAGUAUUGUCACUGCGUCUGAGAAAUGCAGACGUUGGGUAAUUGUGAAGAUCGGAGCUGAUGAGAGUAUUGUCACUGCGUCUGAGAAAUGCAGACGUUGGGUAAUUGUGAAGAUCGAGCUGAUGAGAGUAUUGUCACUGCGUCUGAGAAAUGCAGACGUUGGACGUUGGGUAAGAGUGAAGAUCAGAGCUGAUGAGAGUACUGUCACUGCGUCUGAGAAAUGCAGACGUUGGGUAAGAGUGAAGAUCAGAGCUGAUGAGAGUACUGUCACUGCGUCUGAGAAAUGCAGACGUUGGGUAAGAGUGAAGAUCAGAGCUGAUGAGAGUACUGUCACUGCGUCUGAGCAAUGCAGACGUUGGGUAAGAGUGAAGAUCAGAGCUGAUGAGAGUACUGUCACUGCGUCUGAGCAAUGCAGACAUUGGGUAAGAGUGAGGAUCAGAGCUGAUGAGAGUAUUGUCACUGUGUCUGAGAAAUGCAGACAUUGGGUAAGAGUGAGGAUCAGAGCUGAUGAGAGUACUGUCACUGCGUCUGAGAAAUGCGGACAUUGGGUAAGAGUGAAGAUCAGAGCUGAUGAGAGUACUGUCACUGUGUCUGAGAAAUGCGGACAUUGGGUAAGAGUGGAGAUCAGAGCUGAUGAGAGUACUGUCACUGUGUCUGAGAAAUGCGGACAUUGGGUAAGAGUGAGGAUCAGAGCUGAUGAGAGUAUUGUCACAGUGUCUGAGAAAUGCGGACAUUGGGUAAGAGUGAGGAUCAGAGCUGAUGAGAGUAUUGUCACUGUGUCUGAGAAAUGCAGACAUUGGGUAAGAGUUAAGAUCAGAGCUGAUGAGCUCAGACAUGCAGACAUUGGACAUUGGGUAAGAGUGAAGAUCAGAGCUGAUGAGAGUAUUGUCACUGCGUCUGAGAAAUGCAGACAUUGGGUAAGAGUGAAGAUCAGAGCCGAUGAGAGUAUUGUCACUGUGUCUGAGAAAUACAGACAUUGGGUAAGUGUGAAGAUCAGAGCUGAUGAGAGUAUUGUCACUGCAUCUGAGAAAUGCAGACAUUGGAUCAGAGCUGAUGAGAGUAUUGUCACUGCGUCUGAGAAAUGCGGACAUUGGGUAAGAGUGAAGAUUAGAGCUGAUGGGAGUAUUGUCACUGCGUCUGAGAAAUGCGGACGUUGGGUAAGAGUGAAGAUCAGAGCUGAUGGGAGUAUUGUCACUGCGUCUGAGAAAUGCAGACAUUGGGUAAGAGUGAAGAUCAGAGCUGAUGAGAGUAUUGUCACUGCGUCUGAGAAAUGCAGACAUUGGGUAAGAGUGAAGAUCAGAGCUGAUGAGAGUAUUGUCACUGUGUCUGAGAAAUGCAGACAUUGGGUAAGAGUGAGGAUCAGAGCUGAUGAGAGUAUUGUCACUGUGUCUGAGAAUGCAGACAUUGAAAUGCAGACAUGGGUAAGAGUGAGGAUCAGAGCUGAUGAGAGUAUUGUCACUGUGUCUGAGAAAUGCAGACAUCGGAUGAUGAAAGCGGUUCAAGAAAAGUUGGAUCUAGAGAAAACAUUGAGCGAAAAUAUUGUUCAGCUAAAGCAGGAAGUGGGUCAGCUAGAGAGUACAAAUAGAGAACUGAUGGAACGUUUACAGGAACUAUCUGGGUCUGAUGAAAAACUUGAGGUAUUGAAUGUAAAAAUUGAAGAACAGAAGAGAGAGAUUACAAAUCUUAAACUAGAAAUUGAAGCUUUGAUGUCUGAAAAUGAACAGUUGUCAGGUGAAAAGAAGUCACAGUUCUCUCAGCUACAGGACUUACAGUCAUUUAAAACACAUAAUGAGAACUUGACACAGGACUUAAGAUCUAUGGCCCAGAAAAACAUGGAACUUACGCAUAAGGUAUCACAUUUGGAAGCCCGUUUGAAAGAAGCAUCUAAUUCGAAAGAUCAAAUUGAAUUAAUAGAUAACUUGAAAAAUAAACUUGGAAAGUUACAUAAAGAACGCUCAGUGGCUGUAGAAAAAGAAGAAUUUUAUCAAAAACAUGUUGGAGAUUUGAAGUACGAGAUAGAAAUGUUGAAAGAAAAGGUUCAAAGUGCUGAAGUUACAAAAGAUCGUGUGUUGGAGGAAUAUUACAGAGUAUUAUCAGAAUUACAAUAUUUGAAAAAGAAUUAUUCAGGUGACAGCAACAAUAAGAACUUCAAGGACUUUGUGAAACUCAAACGGGAGGUUGGAAUAUUGCGUGAUGAGAAUUUAGAACUUAGAAAAGGGAACCAGAGGGUCAUGUCAAGUGGGAGUGUCUCGAGUUUACCAGUGCUGAAAUUUGAAGUCGAUGCACCUUUAGUGAAAUCUGGUGGUAGUAAAAAGGGACAUAAAACAAAGAAAGCAUCUAGUUUAACUUCAGUUUAAAAAGUCGGCAGUGCUGUUAAGAGGGGCAAAAUCUAGAAAUCAAAAUGUGUAUUGGUAACCAAAUGUGAUUCAAACAAAGUAGAAACGCUCUGCCUGUUUUACAUUGACAUAAAUGAGAACUCAGAAGAAUUAUUCAAAUUGGUUUAAAAGAGAUGGAGAUUUCUGAUUUUCUCACUCAUGGCGUUGAAUUCUACAUGUGAGGAAUCUGUCCAGCUGGCUUACGGAAGUUGGGUGGUUCUACCCAGGUGCCUGCCCUUGAUGAAAUAGUGCACGGAGGGGCACCUGGGGUCUUCCUUCAGCAUCACAGCUGGAAAGUUUCAGUAUGAUCUGAAUUGUGUUGGUGCGAUGUUAAACCCAGCUGAACAAACAAACAGAUCUGGGAUAUGCUUUUAUAACACUUAGGUACUUUUUAGCCAGCCUAGGACACAUUUUCAAUUAAGUUAGACAAAGUACGAAAUGAUGAAUUCAUAUGAUGCAUACACAUGAUGUGUAAUACAUGCUCCUGUUGCUUUUGGUAAUAAUAUAAGUACUGGUAACUAUGACAUUUAGAUGUUUUCAAGUCACCAUAAUGUUGGGUCACAUUUAAUUUUUAAUGAAAAAUAUUUCUGUAUAUGGUAGUAGUAUGGGGUCACUUGUUAUAUGGGUUAUAUAGGAAUAAAUACAUUAUCAGAUCAUAUUUCCUAGACUGUUUAAUUAUAACUACCUGAUGACCCUAAGCGAUUAGGGGUCAUCUUGACUGUGACCUUGACCUUCUGACUUACUUUCUUGUUUUUUAAGAUACAGCCUUGAAAUUUGGAUGAAAUGUACAGUUUUGCACACCAGUCUUAAAACUGACUUUCAGUGACCAUGAAUGUGACCUAAUGACCUUCUUUCUAAUAAUUUAGCAUCAGUUUGCCAUUUUAAACAUGUGGCUCAUAUUACUCGGGUGAGCGAUUCAGGGUCAUCAUGACCCUCUUGUUUCAAAAUCCCGUCUUGGAUUGUAGUUUGUUUAAGACACACAAAUUACACAUUUUUUGCUUGGUUUGUGGUUUUGUUCUUAGAUUUAGUAUCUGGUAUCUUAGAUAAUUGCAGCUUGAGCUUUACCUUAAGGUUAAAAGUUAUGCACGCUUACUUGCACACUAUUGUUUUUUGGAUUGUCACAAAAGUUUGUUAAGAUGACUUACAAUUUCAUUGUUCUGUGUAUUUUAGUAUAUAGGAAUAUUAAUGCAAAAGGUAUUGUUAUAUCGAAAGUAAAUUAUGACAUAUGUUGGAAUAUUGUUUGAACAUGAUGGAAUUAGCUAAGCUUAAUGUGUAAACAAUGUUGAAAUAUCAAUACUUAACCCUUAUCAUGCUGGACAUGGUUGAUUCUGCCUUUUUGACCAGUGUAGAUCAUGAUCAGCCUGCACAUCAAUGCAGUCUGAACAUGAUCUGCACUGUUCGCUCUUCAGUCAGUAUCUUUUUGGUAAGCAUUCCUUUUAACAGUAAAUGGUUCUGUCCAAAUUGAAAGAUGGACAAGUUCAUUAUAGAAAUUUAGCAGGGUAUUUAGGGUUAAGGUAUCGUGAACAUUUUGGAAUAUCAAUACUAAAGGUAUUUUCAGCAUUUUGGAAUACUAAUGCUUAAGGUAUUUUGAAUAUUUUGGAAUAUCAAGGUUUUAUGUGAUGUGUGUUUGAAUAUCAGUUUUAUGUGUAGGGAAAAUGACAGUAACCUGGGUACCAAUGCUGAGGGAAUAUGUUAUAUAUUAAGUAACAGUAUUUAGUAUUUCUAAUGUUGCUUUGCAGAUGGCAAAAUUGUUUGCCCAGGAGCCUUAUUUUGCCUGAAAUAAUAAUGGCAUAAUAAUAAUAAUGAUAUUAAUAGACAAACAGUGAAUUGUAAAAAGUCAUUCAGAAAUAGAAAUGACAUGGUAAGCUAAAUGUGCAAACAUGGUCAAGUAUCAGAUUUUCUGUUUUUAGCUCAUCUGAUUUUUUGAAAAAAAAUGAUGAGUUAUUGUCAUCACUUGAGCGGUUGUCGGCGUCGGCGUCUGCGUCGACGUUGCCUGGUUAAGUUUUAUGUUUAGGUCAGCUUUUCUCCUAAACUAUCAAAGCUAUUGCUUUGAAACUUGGAAUACUUGUUCACCAUCAUAAGCUGACCCUGUGUAGCAAGAAACAUAACUCCAUCUUGCUUUUUGCAAGAUUUAUGGCCCCUUUUGUACUUAGAAAAUAUCAGAUUUCUUGGUUAAGUUUUAUGUUUAGGUCAACUUUUCUCCUAAACUAUCAAAGCUAUUGCUUUGAAACUUGGAAUACUUGUUCACCAUCAUAAGCUGACCCUGUACAUCAAGAAACAUAACUCCAUCUUGCUUUUUGCAAGAAUUAUUGCCUCUUUUGGACUUAGAAAAUCAGUUUUCUUGGUUAAAUUUUAUGUUUAGGUCAGCUUUUAUCCUAAACUAUCAAAGCUAUUCCUUUAAAACUUGCAACACUUGUUCACCAUCAUAAGCUGACCCUGUACAGCAAGAAACAUAACUCCAUCCUGCUUUUUGCAAGAUUUAUGGCCCCUUUUGGACUUAGAAAAUAUCAGAUUUCUUGGUUAAGUUUUAUGUUUAGGUCAACUUUUUCUCUUAAACUAUCAAAGCUAUUGCUUUAAAACUUGCAACACUUGUUCACCAUCAUAAGCUGACCCUGUACAGCAAGCAACAUGACUCCAUCCUACUUUUUGCAAUAAUUAUUGCCCCUUUUGGACUUAGAAAAAUCAUUUUCUUGGUUGAAUAUUAUGUUUAAGUCAGCUUUUUUCAUAAACUAUCAAAGCUAUUGCUUUAAAACUUGCAACAGUUUUUCACCAUCAUAAGUGGACACUGUACAUCAAGAAACAUAACUCUAUCCUGCUUUUUGCAAGAGUGAUGGCCCUUUUUAGACUUAGAAAAUCAUGGGUAGGACAAUAUUUCUAUUAAACAAAAAAAAUCAGAUGAGCGUCAGCACCCGCAAGGCGGUGCUCUUGUUAACAUUCAUAUCAACUAACAAGCCCAUAAAAUGAAAAAUUGUCGCAUAUUUUAUCAAUAAUCAAGCACAGAUACAGUCAUUUAUCACAUGUUUGACGUCGCGGGAGUAUAAUAAAGCCAUUAAAUAAAAAUGAUUAUACACUAGUGUAAUAAAGCUUUGACGUCGACGUCGUUUAUAGUGUAGCAGACGUUGGUCAAAUUGACUUGUUUAUAUAGUAAAAGAAAGUAAAAUUUUUGAUGUUUUGACAGGAAAGGCUAACAUGUGAUAAAAAGAAUAUUACAUUUGUGACUUUCCACAUUGAAUUUAUUAAACUUGUUGAAUAAAAUUGAUAAAAUGCUCGGCAGAGCCUCGCGUUUUAUUAUUUUAUUCAACUCGUUUAAUAAAUUCAAUAUGAAAAGACACUCAUGUAAUAUCCUCUAUAUCAUGUUAUGUAAUUCAGCUCACUUAACAUUCUUUACUUCAGUACAGCACAACUUGCAUUAAGAGACCAACACCCAGGAGAAGGAGAAAAAGUGGUCUUUGAACACAACUGGUCUUUUGAUACAGCAUAAUUUGUUCCUUAUGAACACAAUUGGCAGUUGAAAAAGUGGUCCCUUUAUGCAAAUUGUCUCCUAAUAGAUAGGUCUCUCAAGCAUGUCUGGCUUUAUUACUUCUGCUUGUGCCACAAUCUCACAGUUAAGUCAAGGUAUUUGUCACCAUUGUGAACCGUUAACAGUUUCUUUGUUGUUUCUACUUUUAAACGAUUCCUUAUUUCAGUCACAGUUCUGUUCACAUUUGAAAACACUCAUUCAACUUCUGCCAGUCAGCAGUACUAAUUAGAAUUACAGCUGCAGCUGCAAACAUUUUUUCAAUGGACAGACAGAUGUUACUUGUUGUGUUUACAAACUGAUGAUUGUCCUUUCUUAGGAGAAGGGACAGUCAAAUUUAUUAUGGGUACUAUUGAUGUCUGACCACAUGCUUCAGCUGGUCCCACUCUAGAAGACAUUAAUCAGUAUCUACCCACAAUGAUUGGCUGAGAAUUGUUCCCCAAAGUUGAAGGUAUAAAAAAAUAAAUUAUAUUCCUGUAUGACUACAUAUGCCAAUUCAUAGGGCAUUUGUUUUUUUGCGGUUCCAAUUGAUGUAUUGUCUUCCCUUUGUUACAUUUAGCUCAUGUGUCUCCUGCGACAGAUUUUGUUUUCAGUUCCAAUUGGCACCUUUAUAGAAGUCUUGUAUAAGUUUUUAAUGUCAUCAUUGUAAACUUCUCCGUGACUAUUUGAUAAACGACAUUGUGUCUGAAAUCAUUAGUUCUCCACCUCUGAUUCAUGUGGGGAAGUUGGCAUUUACUUGCGGAGAACAGGUUUGUACUGGUACAGAAUCCAGGAAUACUGGUUAGGUUAACUGCCCGCCGUUACAUGACUGAAAUACUGUUGAAAAACGGCGUUAAACCCAAAACAAACAAACAAAUCAUUGUAAACUUCUUAUAAACUUUAAUGGUUCUGUUUUUACAGCUUUUUGAUCAGUUCAUGUUAUCAACAAUUAUUUUAUGUUUCUAGAAAAGCCUUAUUGUGAUAGAUACACAGGUAUGUACAGUAAAUUACCAGUCACUCGAAGUUGCAACAAAUGAGCAAAUUUUUCAAGUUAUCCAGGGUUUCUUUGAAAAUCUGAACAAUUACUUCAACAUAAAAUUAACAUGUUUUUAUGUUUAAUUAGUACUGUAUGUUAGGGUUUGAAAUAGUGCACACCUAAUACAUGUAUAGCUACGCACAACAUAAAUGAGCCGUGCCAUGGGAAAACCAACAUAGUGGGUGUGCGACCAGCAUGGAUCCAGACCAGCCUGCGCAUCCGCGCAGUCUGGUCAGGAUCCAUGCUGUUCGCUAAGAGUUUCACCAAUUCCAAUAGGCUUUAAAAGCGAACAGCAUGGAGCCUGACCAGACUGCGCGGAUGCGCAGGCUGGUCUGGAUCCAUGCUGGUCGCACACCCACUAUGUUGGUUUUCUCAUGGCACGGCUCAAAUGUGUAUUACUACUAGAAAAAAGGAUUUUUUAAAAAAUAAAAUGCCUUUAUACAUGAUAUUUAGUUUUAAUGAAAUAAAUUGAAUGAAAAAUAAUUAGAAAUACAGUCACUUUAUUUAUUUGGUUAAAUUAAACUCGUUUCAUGACAUUUUUUUUGCAUUUAAAGUUAGUAUCUAAAACUGUUCCAUAGAAAGAUGCACAUUGGGUUUCUUAAAACGUUUCAUCACCUUUGUUCACAUAAAUUAGCCAUUAAAUUACAUUAUGGUUGUGUAAGAUGAAGUCCAAAGUAUUUGUACAAAAAUAAAAGCACUAAGAACAGUGUAGGAAUUUUUGAAUAAGUGUGCUUAAUGUGUUUAUUAUAGAAAUGUUUAAAAAUAUCAGAGAAUAAAGAAAAAAAUCUAAAUAAAAUUUAGUAUUGAGAUGACCAAUAGCAUAUUAUAUUGAGUAGUACUGUUGUUAUGUGAUUGCAUUGUUAUGUGGAAUAAAUUAUUUGAAGAUUA